CACACACACAGAAAGAGGAAACGGAUUGGAACUUAGAAGUCAUGUGACUGAUGACUAAGUUGACUCUUUCCUACUUACUGAAAGGGAAGAAGAGCCUGAGGAUGAGUUGCUGGUUCUCCUUGCAUUUGUAAAGUUUUGGAGCUAUUAAAUCAUGUUCCCACUUAUGCUUUUUUCCACCCUGUUUUCUUCCACGUUGCCUGAACCCGGGGAGCACUGGAUCUGCAACUCCUCUGAUGUGAGCCUUUGGUAUAGCUACUGCGAUAACAUGAAAUAUCCUAUUUCAAUAAGAAGUGAACCCUGUGUAGAAUUGAAGGGAAGCAAAGGAUAUUUGCAUAUUUUCUACAUUCCAAGAAGAGACAUAAAAAAUUUAUAUUUCAACCUGUAUUUAUCUUUUAAAACUGUGAAUUUUCCGAUGCGCAAAGAGGUCAUUUGCCGAGGAUCUGAUGAUGAUUAUUCUUUUUGUAGAGCUCUAAAGGGAGAGACUGUGAAUACAACAGUGUCCUUCUCCUACAGGGGCAUCCUGUUCUCUAAGGGAAAAUACAGAUGUGUUGUGGAAGCCAUUGCUGGGAAUACUGAAGAAAUGCUCUUUUGUUUGAAUUUUACCAUCAUACACCACCCUACUUUCAAUUAGAAUAAAUCUAAUGUGCCAGGACUGA